AUGCCGAAACUCCAUCUCCUUCUUCCCCUCCUUCUCCUCGCCUCCGCCGGCGGCGGCGGCAGCGGCCGCGGAGGAGUAAGUUCCGUUCUCGCCACCGACAAACAAACCUUCAAAGAGGCACCCAAAUUCUACAACUCCCCUGCCUGCCCACCCAUCCCCGCCGACGACUUCUGCUCAAACCAAUCCAUCAACAUAGCCAUGACCCUCGACCUCCACUACCUCCGCGGCUCCAUGGCAGCGAUCCUCUCCACACUCCAGCACUCCUCCUGCCCGGAAAACAUCCGCUUCCACUUCAUCUCCUCCCUGCCUUCCCUCCACAAAACCAUCCUCCUCUCCUUCCCUUACCUCCGCUGCCAGCUCCACAUCUUCGCUCCUUCCCCAGUCCAGGGCCUAAUCUCGACCUCAAUCCGACAAGCACUCGAUUCCCCUCUCAACUACGCCCGCAAUUACCUCCCAACCCUGCUCCCCACCUGCUUGACAAAAAUCCUCUACCUCGACUCCGACCUCAUCCUCGUCGACGACGUCGCCGACCUCGCCGCCACCCCUCUCCUCGGGAAACCCCUCGCCGCACCCGAAUACUGCAACGCCAAUUUCACCAUCUACUUCACCCCGACCUUCUGGUCGAACCCGUCCCUGUCGCUGACGUUCGCGGGGAGGGACGCGUGCUACUUCAACACGGGUGUGAUGGUGAUCGAUCUGGUGCGGUGGAGGGUCGGUGGGUACACGAGGAGGAUCGUGGAGUGGAUGGAGCUUCAGAAGAGGAUGAGGAUCUACGAGCUGGGUUCCCUGCCGCCUUUCCUGCUCGUUUUCGCCGGGGAAAUUGCGUCGGUGGAUCACCGGUGGAACCAGCACGGGCUGGGCGGGGACAAUUACAGGGGGCUGUGCCGGGAUUUGCAUCCGGGUCCGGUGAGCUUGUUACAUUGGAGCGGGAAGGGAAAGCCGUGGGCGAGGAUCGAUUCGGGCCGGCCGUGCCCGCUCGAUGCGCUCUGGGCGCCGUACGAUUUGCUGGUGAGGGAGAACGGCGGGAUCGAGUCUUAA